AGCAACAGGAAGAAGAUGCAGUUGCUGCUGGUCCUGUUGGGGGUCCUCCUGAGAGCACCCAGGGCUCCAGCUUUGUCCAUUGAGACCUCCGAGGAAAUGGAGCUGGAGCCCUGCCUGGCCCCCAGCCCGGAGCAGCCAGAACAAGAGCUGACCGUGGUCCUUGGGCAGCCUGUGCAGUUAUGCUGUGGGAGGGCUGAGCGUGGUGGCCACUGGUACAAGGAGGGCAGUCGCCUGGCACCUGCUGGCCGGGUACGAGGCUGGAGGGGCCGCUUGGAGAUCGCCAGCUUCCUACCCGAGGAUGUCGGGCACUACCUCUGCCUAGCACGAGGCUCCAUGUUUGUCCUGCACAAUGUCACCUUGGUUAUGGACGACUCCUCGACCCCCAGCAAUGGUGAUGAGGAACACAAUGGCCCUUCGAAUAGGCAUGUCUACCCACAGCAUGCACCUUACUGGACACACCCCCAGCGCAUGGAGAAGAAACUGCACGCAGUGCCUGCUGGGAACACCGUCAAGUUUCGCUGUCCAGCUGCAGGAAACCCCACGCCCACCAUCCGCUGGCUCAAAGAUGGACAGGACUUUCAUGGGGAGCAUCGCAUUGGAGGCGUUCGGCUGCGCCAUCAGCACUGGAGCCUGGUGAUGGAAAGCGUGGUGCCCUCAGAUCGUGGCACAUACACCUGCCUUGUGGAGAAUUCGGUGGGCAGCAUCCGCUACAGCUAUCUGCUGGACGUGCUGGAGCGGUCCCCGCACCGGCCCAUCCUGCAGGCAGGGCUCCCGGCCAAUACCACAGCGGUAGUGGGCAGUGACGUGGAGCUGCUAUGCAAGGUGUACAGUGACGCCCAGCCUCACAUCCAGUGGCUGAAGCACAUUGUCAUCAACGGCAGCAACUUCGGUGCCGACGGCUUCCCUUAUGUGCAAGUCUUGAAGACAACAGACAUCAAUAGCUCAGAGGUGGAGGUCCUGUACCUUCGUAACGUGUCGGCCGAGGACGCAGGCGAGUACACCUGUCUGGCCGGCAACUCCAUUGGCCUCUCCUACCAGUCGGCCUGGCUCACUGUGCUGCCAGAGGAGGACCUCGCCUGGACAGCAGCAGCGCCUGAUGCCAGGUACACAGACAUCAUCCUGUACACGUCGGGCUCUCUGGUGUUGGUGGUGCUCCUGCUGCUGGCCGGCCUGUACCGCGGACAGGUGCUCCCUGGUCGGCACCCCCGGCAGCCCGCCACGGUGCAGAAGUUGUCCCGCUUCCCUCUGGCCCGACAGUUCUCCCUGGAGUCAGGCUCCUCGGCCAAGUCAAGCUCGUCCCUGGUGCGGGGCGUCCGUCUUUCCUCCAGCGGCCCCCCCUUGCUUGCUGGCCUCGUGAGUCUAGACCUCCCUCUGGACCCGCAGUGGGAGUUCCCCCGGGACAGGCUGGUGCUUGGGAAGCCCCUGGGCGAGGGCUGCUUUGGGCAGGUGGUGCGUGCAGAGGCCUUAGGCAUGGACCCGGCCCAGCCUGACCAAGCCAGCACCGUGGCCGUCAAGAUGCUCAAGGACAACGCCUCUGACAAGGACUUGGCAGAUCUGGUCUCUGAGAUGGAAGUGAUGAAGCUGAUCGGUCAACACAAAAAUAUUAUUAACCUGCUGGGUGUCUGCACCCAAGAAGGCCCCCUGUAUGUGAUUGUGGAGUGUGCUGCCAAGGGAAACCUGCGGGAGUUCCUGCGGGCCCGCCGCCCCCCGGGCCCGGAUCUCAGCCCUGAUGGGCCUCGGAGCAGUGAGGGGCCGCUCUCCUUCCCUGCCCUGGUCUCCUGCGCCUACCAGGUGGCCCGAGGCAUGCAGUACCUGGAGUCUCGAAAGUGCAUCCACCGAGACCUGGCUGCCCGUAACGUGCUGGUGACAGAGGACAAUGUGAUGAAGAUCGCUGACUUUGGACUGGCCCGUGGCGUCCACCACAUUGACUACUACAAGAAAACCAGCAACGGCCGCCUGCCUGUCAAGUGGAUGGCACCCGAGGCCUUGUUUGACCGAGUCUACACACACCAGAGUGAUGUGUGGUCAUUUGGGAUCCUGCUGUGGGAGAUCUUCACCCUUGGGGGCUCCCCAUACCCUGGCAUCCCCGUGGAGGAACUGUUCUCACUGCUGCGGGAGGGGCAUCGGAUGGACCGGCCCCCGAACUGCCCUCCAGAGCUGUACGGGCUGAUGCGUGAGUGCUGGCAUGCGGCGCCCUCUCAGAGGCCCACUUUCAAGCAGCUGGUGGAGGCACUGGACAAGGUCCUGCUGGCCAUCUCUGAGGAGUACCUGGACCUCCGCCUGACCUUUGGACCCUACUCCCCAGCCGGUGGGGACGCCAGCAGCACCUGCUCCUCCAGUGACUCUGUCUUCAGCCAUGACCCCCUGCCACUGGGGCCCAGUUCCUUCCCCUGCCCUGGGGUGCAGACUUGAGCAGGAGCAGGAGGUUGUACAGGCAGGACAUCCGGCAGCCUUGGGCCUCCUGGCUCUGUUGCAGCCUGGUGGUGUUUGAUCUUGGCAACCCCGGUCCAACUUCAGGGUGCUGUCCCAGGUCUCUGGUUUU